CCUAAGUACAUACUCUUAGUGGUUUGUUUCAAUUGGGCUGGAAUCGAUCCGGAGAGAGUACUUAGCGAUGCACGUCAUCGUCUCCUCUGUAAGACUAGCGCUGGUUUCCGCUGAUUUCCUGCGAGCACGAUCGUUUUCCAUUUCUCUCUAUUGCUAUCAGCAGUCUCCUCACUGUCGAUCUCGACUGAUACUGUUUAUCUAGAGCAGCACUCGCAAGCUUCACAGUUCGGUUGUUCACAAUUGCUGGAUCGUACAUACCUAUACUUCCCGGAGCAAUCUGAACAUGAGCCACCGCCACUUGCGAGGAGGCUGCGCUUGCGGUCGAAACCAAUACAUGAUUAUAGUACCUGAAGGUGUCACAGAGGAAGCUGCCCAGGUUUAUUUUGACAGUGGUAGAGACCACCGUCGAUCCAUCGGCGCACCACUUUCAGUCUGGCUGCGAGUUCCGUUGGCGUGGUAUCAAUCAAACACACGAUCCUAUUAUCCAGACGAAUCUCACAACUCUAUCCGUCGUACAUUCACUCCUCUACACGCUCCUCAUAGCCAGCGUAGCUUCUGCGGUUUCUGCGGCACUCCUUUGACAUACUGGACAGAACUGCCACCCGAGGAGGCGGACUUUAUGUCUAUAUCGGUUGGCAGUCUACGUGGAGAUGACCAAAGGCUAUUGGAGGAUCUCAAGCUCCUUCCAGAUGAUGUGGAUGACGAGGCACUGGAUGCGCAGGCGGCCAUAACUAGGAGAAACCCCCCAUUGUCUGCUCCCACCGUAUCAUCCACUGCCGACGUUUCAGACUUCUCGAGAAGCUACAGUCAGGGCACCGUAGGCGGUAUUCCGUGGUUUGAGGAAAUGAUCGAGGGUAGCCGCCUAGGUCGCUUGAUGAGGAGUCGACGAGGAGUCGGUAGGAGCGAUGACCAGGCCACCACAAUCGAAUGGGAGAUCACGGAAUGGCGUGAUGAGGGACCUACUGAGGAGCUGGAAAUCAAUACUGACUCUUCAACUCGAAAUGUUAUCUCAAAGAGGAAGCAUGAACAAACUACAGGGGAAGGUCGCUCAUCUCAGUUCCGGACGGACUUAUAAGUAUCUCCAAGGGCUGAUAAUACACAAGGCCUGUUAACAAGCCCUUGUUCUGUACCUUGUGUGUUUUGAUCUGUGGUUGACAACAAAAUUGCUGCAGGCACUCUCAAGUUCGGGAGAUUGGGUUUCCUGCAGCUAUUUAUCUCGCGUUCUGCAUUACAGCGGAUGUAUUAUAAUGGAAAAAAAAAAAAAGAAAAGAGACCCA